AUGACUGAGACACAUAACGCCACUCCCGUGGAAUAUUACACACAGGCUUCACUGCAACGUCAGCUGCCAGCAGACGGAGCGGCUGCAGUUGUUGCGGCCGCUAGUAUAUCAUCUAUCAUCACAGUAACCGACAGGUCGGUUGUUGAAAAUGUCUCUACACGGAGCCCGCUCCUUAAGAUAAUGGCGAAGAAUUUUGCGGGCAUAUUCACGAGACCCCGAAGCUUCUUCUCGACCAGGGCUCUCUACAUAGUGUGUACCAUGUACACACUCACUUAUUUCACCGCAAAUUCCAGUGAAACGUUGAUCGAUAACUUCACAGACACAAAUAGAGCUCUUACAGGCACAUGUGUCUCAUCCGCAGUGUUCGUUGUCAACACACCGCUCGGUGUCUGGAAAGACGUCCGUUUUGCUCAAGUCUUCGGUGCGCGCCCGGAAACCGUGCAGGGAACUGGCUCAAAAGUCGUGGCUUCUUGUGUCAAGGCCCCCCGAAAGAUGCCUAUGUCGGUGACCUCUGUGUUUCUAGCGCGAGAUUUCAUCACCGUCUUUGGCUCGUUCUUUCUCGCCCCCUAUGUUUCGAAAGCCGUACCCGAUAGUUUGGUCCAGUCGGCCCAUGCCAAGGCCUCAGUGGCUCAGCUGAUUGUGCCUGGCUUGACCCAACUGCCGUCAACGCCAAUGCAUCUGUUAGCAUUAGACCUGUACAGUCGUCCCAAGUCUGAUGGUGUCUUGGACCGCCUGAAUGCCACGCGGCGGAACUAUUUCUCAAUAACCCUCAUGCGCGCUGCUCGAUUAGUGCCAGCUUUUGGGGUUGGAAUAAUACUGAAUAGCGAUUUACGGCGAGCGUGGCGAGGCACUCCGCCCAAAUACCAGCAGGGUGACACAGAGGAUAUCAAAUCCAGGUAG